GCUCUGGGGCGGCGCUGACAGUCUGGUCCGCGCCGGGCAGCGGGCGCAGCAGCGGGCAGGGCGGCCGGCAGGCACGGAGGCAGAGCCCCGCCGCCGCGCCCGGAGCCCACCCGCGGGGCGCCCACCUGCCGCCCAGACGGGAGGCCCCGCGCGGCCGCAGCCGCUGCCCCGGGUCGGGCGCCCGCGGCGGCACCAUGAGUCCCCGCUCGUGCCUGCGUUCGCUGCGCCUCCUGGUCUUCGCCGUCUUCUCGGCUGCCGCGAGCAACUGGCUGUACCUGGCCAAGCUGUCAUCAGUGGGGAGCAUCUCGGAGGAAGAAACGUGCGAGAAGCUCAAGGGCCUGAUCCAGAGGCAGGUGCAGAUGUGCAAGCGGAACCUGGAGGUGAUGGACUCGGUGCGCCGCGGUGCCCAGCUCGCCAUCGAGGAAUGCCAAUACCAGUUCCGGAACCGGCGCUGGAACUGCUCCACGCUCGACUCCCUGCCCGUCUUCGGCAAAGUGGUGACACAAGGGACUCGGGAGGCGGCCUUCGUAUACGCCAUCUCUUCAGCAGGUGUGGCCUUUGCAGUGACACGAGCAUGCAGCAGCGGGGAGCUGGAGAAGUGCGGCUGUGACCGAACAGUACAAGGAGUCAGCCCACAAGGCUUCCAGUGGUCAGGAUGCUCCGACAACAUCGCCUAUGGCGUGGCCUUCUCACAGUCGUUUGUGGACGUGCGGGAGAGAAGCAAAGGGGCCUCGUCCAGCCGGGCUCUCAUGAACCUCCACAACAAUGAGGCCGGCAGGAAGGCCAUCCUGACACACAUGCGGGUGGAGUGCAAGUGCCACGGGGUAUCAGGCUCCUGUGAGGUAAAGACAUGCUGGCGAGCCGUGCCACCCUUCCGUCAGGUGGGCCACACGCUGAAGGAGAAGUUUGAUGGUGCCACUGAAGUGGAGCCACGCCGAGUGGGCUCCUCCAAAGCACUUGUGCCGCGCAACGCACAGUUCAAGCCACAUACGGAUGAGGACCUGGUGUACCUAGAGCCCAGCCCAGACUUUUGCGAGCAGGACGUGCGCAGCGGCGUGCUGGGCACAAGGGGCCGCACAUGCAACAAGACGUCCAAGGCCAUUGAUGGCUGUGAGCUGCUGUGCUGUGGCCGUGGCUUCCACACAGCACAGGUAGAGCUGGCUGAACGCUGCAGCUGCAAAUUCCACUGGUGCUGCUUUGUCAAGUGCCGGCAGUGUCAGCGGCUCGUAGAGUUGCACACGUGCCGAUGACUGCCUGCCAGCCAUGUACCCAGCAACCACCUAGCAGCCCGGGGAAGGCGGAUAAUUUAAACAAUCCCCCACCACCCACCCCAAAAGAUACUGGUUGUAUUUUUUGUUUUGGUUUGGUUUUUGGGCCCUCCUGUUAUUUAUUGCCAAAACCAGGCAGGCAGCCCCAAGGGAACCAACCAGGGCCUCCCCAAAGCCUGGGCCUUUGUGGCUGUCACUGACCAAAGGGACCUUGCUCAUGCCUCUGGCUGUCCACAGGCAGCUGCUGCUGACCACUCAGUUGUUACCUGUCCCCAUUUUUCUACUUGCAGACUUAAGGCGGGUAAUGAGAAGCAUUCAGCCACAUGGCUACUGACCCUGCCUUCUAGGAGAAGGAGGUGGCCAAACAGCAGGGAAAUUGGUGCCAUCAUGAUGGAAGUGCAACUCCCUGAAAAAAAGAGCUCACAACUCUCCACACCCACACAUACAUGUACCCCUGGCAGCCUGAGCCUGGGAGCCUUGUCUCUCUAGCCCCCUGAAAAGGAAUGAGCAGCUACCAGGUCAAGGGCAAGCGGUCAAUUUGAGCCCUCACACAGGCAGCUGGAGAUUUGAUCUCUGCAGGGCCUUCCAGGCAGGAAGGGCAUUUGGGGUGGGGGGCAAGAGAAGACUAUAGUCCAAUCCAGAGCCCAGCCUCCCCCCUCAGAGAGGGAAACUCCUCCCACCCCCCAGGCCCUCCCAGCUGGGAGCAGAGGCUGCCAUGCUGGAGCAGAGGUCCCAGCUGGGCCUUCACAGUGAUGUCCCCUCCCCAUCCGAGUCGCCUCCUCACGGUGCUGCUCCUCUGUGAAACUGAAAAAGAAAGUCUCACACACAUACCAACAUACACAUGGAGAAGAAAAGGAAUGUUAAAAAAAAAAAAAAAAAGUCCUCUACCACCCAUUAUUUCAUUCACUUAACAAAUUUACUGAGCAAAUACUAUGUUCCAGGCCCUGGACUGAGCAUCUCAUUUGAUGAUCACAGCAGCCCUGGGUAGGAGAUUCUUAUGCCAAUUUUACAGCUGAGAGGGCAAUGGCUACCCAGGUCACUCAGCAAACUAAAUGGAAAGGCAAAGCCAGAAAAGCCCUUCAGCCAAGCCUCCUCCUUUGGCUCCUCUACUCAAGGACAAGGAGCUGCAGGUGUCCCUGGGUCUGAACCUGGGAAGGAGCCCAAGGUGAAGGAAAAGGGGCAGGGAAGCAGCAGGAGCCAUAGACCAUAGGCUGAGCUGGAGCCAUGUGCUUCCAGGGGCAGGAUGGGCCCUGAAGGUGAGGUAAGCAGCUGGAAGGCUGAGGAGGUGAGGUCUCAGCAGCUGAGCACCCUCCCCUGCCCUCAGGACCCCCCAGGGACCAUGGGUACUGAAGGGUCCCCUGUGCACCAGCCCAACCAUCAGGAGCCCAGCCCAGACUUCUGGGAGCAGGAUGUACAGAACAAAGGCCCAACCCAUGACCAACUACUUCCCCUUCACCAGGGAACUUGCUAUCAGGGAAGCUUCCCGCUCACCCCAACCCAGUCUCCAAACUGCCUCACAUUAGUGCUCUGGACUCCUGGUUUAAUGCCUCAGUUCAAAGUCCCAGAUUCAGAAUACAGGAUCUGGCCUGCAGAAACUCAGCUCGAGGCCUUGUGGUUUGUGCCUCCUGGGUUGGCUCCCACUGAAGAGAGCGUCAACAUCCUUGGACCCCAGCCAAGCUCUCUGCUCAAUGUCCAUCCAAGAAGGAGGCCAAAACCAAGUGAGAUGCUGGGGCUGAAUGUGGGGAGAAUCUUAGGGCAGGCUGUUCUAAUGUGGAUGAAAGCUGAGCCACCAAGUGUCCUCGCAGCUACCCAGCUGGGCCCUCUGCUCCUCUGGCAGGCUCAGUUCAGCUGUCUGCUCAGCGCCAGGGAAAACACUACCACUCACUGGCAGAGGCCAGACCCAGACAAAGGAAGAAGUGCGGACCCUUCCCCUCCAGAGAAUAGGGCUAAGCCACUCUCCCCCAUCCCCAAGUCCUGUCCCCGCAGUGGGGGGAACAGUGGGUCCAGGCUGGAUGCUGCUGUGAUGGGCACUGCCCCACAAAGUAGGGAGAGGUGCCUGUGCCAUUCCUAGCCUUCACCUUUCUGGCUCCCUGGGGGAAUCCUCAAAGUUGACCCUCUAGGGGUUCUGAAGGGUCAUGGCCUGUGUUAAUCAAACCAAUUCUGGAACCUCUGCCCAGCCCAGCUCUACCACCAUUACCACCUCAAAGGUCAAAACAGAUCCAAAGCCCCAGGAAAAUGGUGCUUCCUUGGACACACACAGCUCCAAACAGCCAAAUAAAGGGCAGGAGGAACUGGCAUAGGCCUCAGACACAGCACACAACUUUUGGGUCUCACAGGGGCCCAGAAGCUGGCCAGAGGGUCCUGCCCACAAACUCUCCACUGAUCUUAUCCCAAGGCAAAGGUGAUGCCUUCCCUCUGAGGCCUAGGGGUGGACAAUCCCCAGCUCUGGAUGCUGCUACCUCUCUCUGCUGCUCCCAUCCCAUCAUCCAACUUUUAUACUAAGCUCCUUGCCAUUGUGACAUCCC